UUAUUUUGUGUAUUUAACUGAGAUAAAUGAAUUCGUACUUCCAGUUCCAGUACGCUGAACAGUCACAUGACGGACUACGACCAAUCAGCGUCUAGUACCGCUCUGAAGCAGUAGAGGACGCAGAAACGCCGCACAUGUGUUUCAUCAUCCGAACUUCAGUGCGAAACAACGGGAAACGAAUCCUCUCAUUCUCGACCCGUGCUGACCAGAUCACCUUUUAAAGCAUCAGAAUGUGUGGCAUAUGGGCCUUGUUUGGUAGUGAUGAGUGCCUUUCGGUUCAGUGCACUAAUGCCAUGAAGAUCUUUCAUCGUGGACCGGAUGCUUUCCGCUUUGAGAAUGUCAACGGUUUCACCAACUGCUGCUUUGGGUUUCAUCGUCUCGCGAUUGUGGACCAACUUUACGGCAUGCAGCCUCUGCGAGUCAAGAAGUUCCCUUAUCUGUGGUUAUGUUACAAUGGCGAGAUCUACAACCACAUUAAGCUGAAGAAUCACUUUGAGUUUGACUAUCAAACCAAAGUGGAUGGUGAGAUCCUUCUGCACCUGUACGAUCGCUUUGGAAUCGAGAAGAUGAGCUCCCUGCUGGAUGGUGUGUUCGCCUUCAUCUUAUUGGACACAGCUAACAGAAAGGUUCACCUGGGAAGAGACACAUAUGGCGUGAGACCGCUAUUCAGAAUGCUGACCGACGAUGGCUUUCUAGCUGUCUGUUCCGAAGGCAAAGGUCUAACACAGAUCAAACACUCCAUGCCCACUGCAAAGAUCACAGCUUUUCCACCGGGACACUUUGAGGUGUUUGACUUGAAGCUCAGUGGGAAAGUGGAGUCUGUUCAGAUGGAUCGCUUUCACUGCUGCACAGACAAACCCAAACACGCUGACUUUAGCAAACUCGAGGGACUGGGCGCAGACUUUGAAUUGGAGACUGUCAAGAGUAACAUUAGGAUCCUGUUUGAAGAUGCAAUAAGGAAACGCUUGAUGGCUCACAGAAGAAUCGGUUGCCUUCUCUCAGGUGGUCUCGACUCAAGUCUGGUUGCUGCUUUGCUUGUGAAACUAGCCAAAGAAGAGAAUCUCCCAUAUUCCAUUCAGACCUUUUCCAUUGGUGCUGAGGACAGUCCAGAUGUCGCAGCUGCACGCAAGGUGGCAGACUACAUUGGCAGUGAGCACCAUGUGAUAAACUUCACACCAGAGGAGGGCAUCAGUGCACUGGAGGAUGUCAUCGUUCACCUGGAGAGUUAUGACAUCACCACUGUGCGUGCCUCUGUCGGAAUGUACCUGGUAUCGAAAUACAUCCGGGAGAAGACAGACAGUGUGGUGAUUUUCUCAGGUGAAGGUUCAGAUGAGCUGACACAAGGAUACAUCUACUUUCAUAAGGCUCCAUCACCUAAAGCUGGUGCAGAGGACAGUGUGCGUCUGCUGGAAGAGCUUUAUCUGUUUGACGUGCUGAGAGCCGACAGAACCACUGCUGCUCAUGGACUGGAGUUGAGAGUGCCUUUUCUGGACCACAGGUUCACAGCAUACUACCUCUCUCUGCCUGAAGAGAUGAGAGUGCCUAAGGAUGGUGUGGAGAAGCAUCUCUUGAGGGAUGCUUUUAAUGGCAUGAACCUGAUUCCUGAUGAGAUUCUCUGGAGAAGGAAAGAGGCCUUCAGUGACGGUUUGACAUCUGUGAAGAAAUCUUGGUACACCAGCCUGCAGGAGCAUGUUGAGUCUGAGGUGAAUGACUCUCAGUUGAAGAAUGCUAAUAAACUGUACCAUAUCAAUCCUCCCACAACCAAAGAGGGCUUGUUCAUCAGACAGAUCUUUGAGAAGCAUUACCCCGGCCAUGGCGAGUGGACGCCACAUUACUGGAUGCCCCGCUGGAUCAAGGCCACAGACCCAUCAGCUAGAACACUGUCCAUCUACAAGCCUGAUAAAGAGCAGUAAUCACAUCAACACUCAGACCUCAGUAAACAUGCAUACAUUCUCUACAGCAGCUUCACCAAAAUAUAUAACAUUGCCACAACUUUCUCUGUUUGUUUUACUAAAAUCUUUCUUCACUGAUUUGUUUUGUCUUAGCCUCAGAGAAUCAGGUUUGUAAUCGGUCACUUCUUUGGAGAUUUGUGUGAUUUAUUAUUUUUAUUCUUUUGUCUUUGCUAUAUUCACUAUAUAAAAAUGUAGGACCUUUCAAAUCUUCAGGCCUUACUUUACGCAACAUAUACUCACCGGCCCCUUUAUUAGGUACACCCGUUCAACUGCUCUUUAACGCAAAUUUCUAAUUAGCCAAUCACAUGGCAGCAACUCAAUGCAUUUAGGCAUGGAGACAUGGUCAAGAUGAUCUGCUGCAGUUCAAACCGAGCAUUAGAAUGGGGAAGAAAGGUGAUUUAAGUGACUUUGAACAUGGUUGUUGGUGCCAGAUAGGCUGGUCUGAGUAUUUCAGAAACUGCUGAUCUAGUGGGAUUUUCACACACAACCAUCUCUAGGGUUUACAGAGAAUGAUCAGAAAAAGAGGAAAUAUUCUGUGUGCGCAAAUGCUUUGUUGAUGCCAGAGGUCAGAGGAGAAUGGCCAGACUCGUCCGAGCUGAUAGAAAGGCAACAGUAACUCAAAUAACAACUCGUGACAACCGAGGUAUGCAGAAGAGCAUCUCUGAACGCACAACAUGUCCAACCUUGAGGCAGAUGGGCUACAGCAGCAGAAGACCACACCGGGUGCCACUCCUGUCAGCUAAGAACAAGAAACUGAGGCUACAUUUCACCCAGGCUCACCAAAAUUGGACAAGAGAAGAUUGGAAAACAUUGCCUGGUCUGAUGAGUCUCGAUUUCUGUUGCGACAUUCAGAUGGUGGGGUCAGAAUUUGGCGUCAACAACAUGAAAGCACUGUCCAUCCUUUCUUGUAUCAACAGUGCAGGCUGAUGGUGAUGGUGUAGAGAACCUUCAGGAUGUGGUGGAACAGGAGAUUCACGUCAUGGACGUGCAGCUGACAAAUCUGCAGCAACUGCGUGAUGCUAUCAUGUCAAUAUGGACCAAAAUCUCAGAGGAAUAUUUCCAGUACCUUGUUGAAUAUGUGCCACAAAAGAUUAAGGCAGUUCUGAAGGCAAAAGGGGGUCCAACCCAGUACUAGUAGGUGCACCUAAUAAAGUGGCCUGUGAGUGUAUUGUAGGGCAGCACAAAAAUCUGGCAUUGUGAUA